UUGAAGCCAUCAUGGACGACCGAAGUGGAGCGUUGAUCCGAACGUCGCCGCACGCCGUCAGUGAUCGGAACCAGGAAGCGUGUAACCGCUCCGGUAAUCCGGUUCGGAAAGUGACGGUGACAGGGACGGCGGAGGUUUGUUACCCGGCGGACAGAGCGACACUGCGGGUCAGUGUGGGCAGCAGCAAGGACUCGGUCGACCUGGCCACCAGCAGCGUUUCACGACGAGUCGAAUACAUCCUCCAGACAUUACGGCAACAUGACGUCAGCAGCCAAGACACCACCAUGAGGAAGCUUCUGCAUCGAGAAGAAAACUUCUACCAGAUGGAUGCUGAGAUCGCGGUGACGUUCUCCGAUUUCGAGAAGAUGGAGCAAAUAAACAGUGUGUUGUUAGAGAAGCUUGACAAGAGCGUGAGCAUCGGCGUCCCGCAGUUCUUCCACAGCGCCGAGCGUCUCAGUCAACUGAGGGAGCACGCCUGCGUUUCAGCCGUGGAAAGUGCCCAGCAGAAGGCCAGAAAGGUCAGUCAGCUACUGGGUCAAACACUGGGGCCACCCCAACUGGUGAGAGAGGAGGAAACCAAAGAGUGGAGGACUGAGGAAGAGGAUGGAGGGCAAGGGGCGGCCGCCGCGUCUCGCCUCCCCAACGUGCCGAAAAUCACCGCCUCUGCCCGAGUGUCCGUCUGCUUCAGCCUCCGGGAUGGAAGCAGGAAGAAACUCUGAAGUCUGUUAAAACAUUUAUUGGCGGAAUCAAAGUGCAGUUUUUAAGCUACAGCUGGAGCAAAGAAAUAAAAUGGUUUUCUAUGUUUCAA